AUGCCCGCUCCGUCAAUCGAGGUGAAAGACCUCUCCUAUAAGUUCCAGGAUGGCUCGGAGGGGCUGGAGCAUGUGCACCUGGAUCUCCCAGCCGGGAGCCGAACCUUGCUGAUUGGCGCAAACGGCGCGGGGAAGACCACACUGCUCCGCCUGCUGUCCGGCAAGCGGCUUGCCCCCACCGACACCGUCGCCGUGGGCGGCCAGGACCCCUUCAAAGACAGCUUGGAGGGCGUCACCUAUCUCGGGGUGGAAUGGGUGUUGAACAGCAUCGUCCGCACGGACAUCGACGUGCCCACGCUGCUCGCCUCCGUGGGCGGCAAUGUCUGGCCCGCGCGACGGGACGAGCUGGUCGACAUCCUCGACAUCGACCUCCGCUGGCGCAUGCACGCCGUCUCAGACGGUGAGCGCCGCCGCGUCCAGCUAGCCAUGGGCCUGCUGCGGCCCUGGACGGUGCUGCUUCUCGACGAGAUCACCGUGGACCUGGAUCUGCUCUCCCGAAGCAACUUCCUCUCGUUCCUGAAGCGCGAGACCGAGUCCCGCGCCUGCACGAUCGUCUACGCCACCCACAUCCUGGAUAACCUCGCGCAGUGGCCGACCCAUCUGGUGCAUAUGAGCCUCGGCAAGGUCAAAGCCUGGGGCUCCGUCGAGACCUUCCACGACCAGGUGCCCGAGUGGACCUCCGAGAAUAGCAGACUCGGAGAGUUGGUCCUCAAAUGGCUGAAGGAAGACUUGAAGGCUCGUGGGCCGCGUAAUGGCCCGUCGAUUCAGGCGAAAACCUACGGGGCCCUGGAUGGGAUCGGGGGCUAUGGCCUGGAGAAGCGCGGCGACUAG